UCCUAAUCGGGAAUGAGUUUGGCGCCAUUGGUUUUCCAGUUGGGUGACAUGGAAAGCUGAGUGCAGAAGCAGUAAACCGCGCUGUAUAAAUGUGGCGUCUUGGAGUCAGUCAGUGAGAACGCAAACUCAGAACAGACUGUAAUCCGGGUCACAGAGUGAACAAGGCAACUCACACCGGCUGAACAACCAUGAAGUGGGGCAUCGUCGUCCUAAUCAGCUGCAUUUUGUUGCUCUCUCUGCCGUGUUCCGCAGAAGGAAAAGCCAACUGUUCAGACCCAAAAGAAAUAGGGCUGUGCAAACACUCUUUCCCUUACUAUUACUACAAUACGAAAACUCGGAAAUGCGAGAGGUUCAUGUAUAGUGGCUGCGGUGGCAAUGGGAACAGGUUUAUGCAGAAAAAUGACUGCAUUAUACAAUGCGAAUUAAGAGCAAACAACUGUUCAGACCCAAAAAAAAUAGGGUCAUGCGAAAACUAUUCCCCUUACUAUUACUACAAUACGAAAACUCGGAAAUGCGAGAGGUUCAUGUAUAGUGGCUGCGGUGGCAAUGGGAACAAGUAUAUAAUGCUAAGUGAAUGCAUUGUACAAUGUGAAUUAAAAUCAAAAGCAAAAUAAAGGGGCAUUUCUGCUAUAUAAAUGGCACCGUUGAGACAGAGAAAUCUGUAUCAUUUCUGGCCUGCACUAAGGAUUGGAGAUUUGAGCAUCAAAGAGAAAACUUCAAAAUAUCAAUACUAUUGUUUUAAAUAAUUUUACUCUUGAAAUUCUGCAUGUUAAUCCAGACUAACCUUUAAUUAGAUGCAUUUAAUAAAGAAAUGUGGAGUUGAAAUUUUUGUCACUUUAGAAUAAGUUAAAUCUGUUGAUUAUCGCUAAACUCUACCAUGGUGGAGAAUAUUCCAUUUUUCAGUUCAUGCAGUUCUAUUCACAAAUUGUGUUAUUGCCAAAAUUAUAAUAAAAUAAAGGA